GGCCCCGGCCCCGCCGCCGCCCCGACCCGGGAGGAGCCGGCUGCUGGCACCCCACCUCUCCCGGGGCUCCGCACCGGAUUUCCAGGUUUACAGGAUGGCUGAACAUUGAUGUGAAAGAAAAGUAUACACCUAUCUUUCAUUAUGGAGGCAGGUUUGGCAGAUGGAGAACCUGACCGAACUUCGAUCUUGCCAUAUUCAGAAGUUGCUGAAGGUCAAGAGACACUUCUUGGUGAUAGCAAAGAUGUCCUUGGGCCGUCAACUGUUGUAGCAAACAGUGACGAAUCUCAACUUCUGACACCAGGAAAGAUGAGUCAGCGCCAAGGGAAAGAAGCUUAUCCAACACCAACCAGAGAUUUGCAUCAGCCAUUGCUUAGUCCAGCAAGUCCUCAUAGCCAGGGUUUUGAAAGAGGGAAGGAAGAUAUUUCUCAAAAUAAAGAUGAAUCUUCCCUUUCUAUGUCAAAGAGCAAGUCUGAAUCUAAACUUUAUAAUGGCUCGGAGAAGGAAGGUUCAACUUCAAGCAAGCUCACAAAAAAAGAAUCUCUUAAGGUACAAAAGAAAAAUUACCGAGAAGAAAAGAAAAGAGCCACAAAGGAGUUGCUCAGUACAAUCACAGAUCCUUCUGUUAUUGUUAUGGCUGAUUGGCUGAAGAUUCGUGGAACUCUAAAGAGCUGGACCAAGUUGUGGUGUGUGCUGAAACCUGGGGUGCUACUGAUCUAUAAAACCCAAAAGAAUGGUCAGUGGGUAGGAACAGUUCUUCUGAAUGCCUGUGAAAUCAUUGAGCGUCCAUCAAAAAAGGAUGGCUUUUGUUUCAAACUUUUCCAUCCUUUGGAGCAAUCUAUUUGGGCGGUGAAGGGUCCAAAAGGGGAAGCAGUUGGAUCUAUAACUCAGCCCUUACCCAGCAGUUAUUUGAUCAUCAGAGCUACUUCAGAGUCAGAUGGAAGGUGCUGGAUGGAUGCUUUGGAAUUGGCAUUGAAAUGUUCUAGUCUUCUUAAACGUACCAUGAUCAGGGAAGGAAAGGAACACGACCUGAGCAUUUCAUCAGAGAGCACACAUGUGACUUUGUAUGGCUUAUUACGUGCUAACAAUCUCCACAGCGGUGACAACUUCCAGUUAAAUGAUAGUGAGAUUGAACGACAGCAUUUUAAGGACCAAGAUAUGUAUUCUGAUAAAUCAGACAAAGAAAAUGAUCAAGAACAUGAUGAGUCUGACAAUGAAGUGAUGGGGAAAAGUGAAGAAAGUGACACGGAUACAUCAGAGAGGCAGGAUGACUCCUACAUCGAACCUGAACCUGUUGAGCCUUUAAAGGAGACCACCUACACUGAACAGAGCCAUGAAGAACUUGGAGAGGCAGGUGAGGCUUCUCAAACAGAAACUGUGUCUGAAGAAAACAAAAGCCUUAUCUGGACACUGCUGAAACAAGUUCGUCCUGGAAUGGAUCUGUCCAGGGUGGUUCUGCCUACCUUUAUUUUGGAGCCACGGUCCUUCCUAGAUAAACUUUCAGAUUACUACUAUCAUGCAGAUUUCCUGUCUGAGGCUGCUCUUGAAGAAAAUCCUUAUUUCCGUUUGAAGAAAGUAGUGAAAUGGUAUUUGUCAGGAUUCUACAAAAAGCCAAAGGGUCUGAAGAAACCUUAUAAUCCUAUACUUGGUGAGACUUUCCGUUGCCUAUGGAUUCAUCCAAGAACAAACAGCAAAACUUUUUACAUUGCUGAACAGGUGUCUCAUCAUCCACCAAUAUCUGCCUUUUAUGUUAGUAACCGAAAAGAUGGAUUUUGCCUUAGUGGUAGUAUCCUGGCCAAGUCCAAGUUCUAUGGAAACUCAUUGUCUGCAAUAUUAGAGGGAGAAGCACGGCUAACUUUCUUGAAUAGAGGUGAAGAUUAUGUAAUGACCAUGCCAUAUGCUCAUUGUAAAGGUAUUCUUUAUGGUACAAUGACACUGGAACUUGGUGGAACAGUCAAUAUUACAUGUCAGAAAACUGGAUACAGUGCAAUACUUGAAUUUAAACUAAAGCCAUUUUUAGGGAGCAGUGAUUGUGUUAAUCAAAUAUCAGGGAAACUUAAAUUGGGAAAAGAAGUCCUAGCUACUUUGGAAGGUCAUUGGGAUAGUGAAGUUUUCAUUAAUGAAAAAAAGACUGAUAAUUCAGAGGUUUUUUGGAAUCCAACACCUGACAUUAAGCAAUGGAGAUUAAUAAGGCACACUGUAAAAUUUGAAGAGCAGGGAGAUUUUGAAUCAGAGAAACUCUGGCAGCGGGUAACUCGAGCCAUAAAUGCCAAAGACCAAACAGAAGCUACUCAAGAGAAGUAUGUUUUAGAAGAAGCUCAAAGACAAGCUGCCAGAGAUCGGAAAACAAAAAAUGAAGAAUGGGCUUGCAAGUUAUUUGAACUGGAUCCACUCACAGGAGAAUGGCAUUACAAGUUUGCAGAUACCCGACCAUGGGACCCACUUAACGAUAUGAUACAGUUUGAAAAAGAUGGCAUUAUUCAGACCAAAGUGAAACAUCGCACUCCAAUGGUUAGUGUCCCAAAAAUGAAACAUAAGCCAACCAGGCAACAGAAGAAAGUGGCAAAAGGCUAUUCCUCCCCAGAACCAGAUAUUCAGGAUUCAUCUGGAAGUGAAGCUCAAUCAGUAAAACCAAGUACAAGAAGAAAGAAAGGGAUCGAACUGGGUGACAUUCAAAGUUCCAUCGAAUCUAUAAAACAAACACAGGAAGAAAUUAAAAGAAAUAUUAUGGCUCUUCGAAAUCAUUUAGUUUCAAGCACACCUGCCACGGAUUAUUUUCUACAACAGAAAGACUACUUCAUCAUUUUUCUUCUGAUUUUGCUUCAAGUCAUAAUAAAUUUCAUGUUUAAGUAGAAGUUCUCUAUAGUUGAAUUAGUAUACUUUAAAAGAUGAUAUUUGGCCUGGGACCAAUGUUCAAGUUGAUUUGGUCUUUAUUAAAACAUCACACUAUUUCUAAAACAAAAAACCUAGGAGAUAAAUGUAGAGAUGUUGAGUUUUCAUCUUUUUCCUUAAUCUAAAAUAAGAGCUAUCCUAUUUGAUCAUUAAAGUGAGCUAUGUGUUAAGUGCCAGGACAUUUCUUAGCUUUUGUGAGAAUGUGUCUACAUGUGAGUAUAAUAAACCCACAUGUAUACACAAUUGUGUCUUAUGUACUCUUACCUGACAGUAGUCUUUGUAUUCUGUAGUAUGUUCUCAGAUAUAAUGUUAACAUUGCUCAUAACAAAAAUGCUAUCAAUCUUAUAAAAUAUAUGUAUAGUAAUCUAUUUUCUUCAUAAAACAGGCACAAAACUUUUAUCAAUAAGGAAUUACAGACUGGGAAAUGAUGGAACGACAGAUUAUAAAUAAUUUAAUACAGUGCAUUAUUGUUAAAAUAAUUUCCUAAGCACCCAACUCAAUUGUCUUCAUAGAAACAGCAAAAAAGAAGUGUGAAUGGUCAAAAUUAAUAUAUUGAGAUAGACAUGUGGCAAAUUGCUUUUUUAAAAAAGUUUACACAAGAUUUUUUUUUAACCCCCAAGAUUUAAUUUAAUAUUUAUAGAUACCGGUAGAUAUGUACUUAUGUGUAUAUCUAAAAUAUAAAAAAGCUGGUAUGCAGCUACUUGGAUCUGUUGGUUUCAAUGCCACUUUAAGCACUUGCUGGAAAAAGUGUGGUCAAAAUUGAUUGCUUUCGUUUUUGUUUUUUUUUUUUAAGUCAGGUGGUCCACAACAUAGGCCAAAAUCUAGAGAUUUUUAUAUUUGAAAUGCUGAUAUUUCAUGUUUUUUUCAUUAUGAAAAAUUUUAGCUUUCAUUUAGACCUUAGUGUGUUCAGUGAAUAGGUAGAAAAAAAUUAAUAACCAAUAUUUUACUUCAAAAGCCAAAAAGAGAAAGGCAAUAAGACACUGUGUGGUGGCCUUUAUUUAUACAUUAAAAUUAGUCUCUUUAAAAUGUGCAAUAAGUUGAUCAUCUUAAGAAAAGUAUCGACUUGUGAAGUUUAGUUCUUUAUUAUCCCUCUGUCCUUAGUAACUUCAUUUUGUAGCAACACCACAAUUCUUUAAGCUUCCUUCAUGUUCAGACUAAGAGUCCCUCCUAAGAUUUGUUUGUUUCUUCUGUUUAAUUAUUCGACUUUGUGGUUUUCACAUAGAUACUAAAACUUUUUUUGCAAAGGUACUUAAAUUUAGGAACAUGUCCUAAAAUCUUAGGAUCUUGAAAGUAUAGAUUUUGAAGUAGUUAUGGAUGAAAAUGAAGGUCCGAGAGAAUAGUUGCUCUAGCCACAAUUUGCCUUUGACUAAGAAGAGACUAUGAAACACUGGUAAAAUUACAAUCUACUGUUUUUGCCAUAAUCAAUAUUGAGUCAGGGGAUGACUGAUAAUUAUGAAAACUGAAAAUGAUAAAAAGAGCCUGCUUUUUUCCUCUAACCUAUGUGGCUAUCUUAAAUAUCUUUAAUAUCCUUAAAUAUCUUCUUUCCAUGUAUUGUUGGUAAAAUAAUGCUAUAUUCCAUACAUACAAGUGAAAAUAUUUUUUAAAUGGAUAAAAGCAUAAAUAAUUUGUACCUAUAGCCAGUGUUUUCAUGACUACAUUGGAAUGGGUGAGGUCUUUUGUUAUAUUUCAUAUUUGUCAAUAUAAUUUUUAUAUUCACAUUCUGUUAACAAUGUUAUGCUUAACUUCCUACUCAUCAAUAUAUAUUUUGUAAAUAUUGUACAAUUUGAUUUUUUUAUGGUUUAAAUUAGUAUUAAUUUAUAUUAUAUAUUACUUGAUUGGCUGAUCACAAAAACAGUUUCAUUAUUAAACCCUGAAAACUUAAAAAACUUUUUGAUGGUAACCUACUUUAGGGUUUUAAUCUUUUUUGAUUUACUUAUAUGUUAUUUUCAUUUGGUCCAAAUAGUGUUUUAUUUGUAAGGGCAUCUUCUAAGACUGGAGAGAUAGUUACUUUAUUUUUUAAAAAAAUUUUUUAGGGAAGAUGAUAUGUAGUGUUACUCAAGGAAUCAAAAACUAUUUCAUAAGAAAGAGCAGGGUUAUUCAUAACUGUUUCUUAUUCACUAAGAGCAUAUAUAUCUUAUCUAAUAGUCCUCUUGGGCUUUUAGUUGUCUGAGUUCCUUUCUGUGAACCGAACACAAAACUCAGGAAUUGGCUUAAUUUUAGAUCCCUGGUUAGGCUUAGUAUGUGAGUCCUUUAAAAUAUAUAAUUAAAACUUUGUAUUUUACCAUAAAAUGUAAUUAAUUUUAAAUGUUUUUCACUUGAGAUCAAUCUUCCUUCAUACAUGGAUUCAUAAAGCGAUUUAUAGUUCCCAGUUGUCUGAGAGCCUCAUGGUGGUUUCUAUGAUUUAAGACCCUCUGACCAGUUUUUUUCACUUAUCAAAAAUUGUAUUUUCUCACAUGAAUAUUUAGAUGAGUAAUAAUUGAUAAGUGUAUUUCUGUUUUAGUUGUUAAAUGUACUAUGCCUUCUGUUACCCAUCAUUUAGUGAGCUAGAGCUGGCCUGGAAAAAAAAAAAAUAUAUAUAUAUAUGGCAUGUGAAAUGUUAAUAUUUCACGUCAGAACUUUUUUUUUUGCAUAGCUUAUAAAGGUACAGUAUAAUUUCUGUCAUAGUUCAGUUGGCAACUGCAUUCCAUUACACAGUUGGCCUUGUAAAAUACAACCCUCAUUUAGUAUUCACGCUUUUGUGCCUUUAAGAAAAUAUCUUUUGUCAUUUUUGUGUUAUAGAACUAUCAUAUGAUUCAAAAUGUUUAUAGGCUUGUCAUAAAAGGGUCAUUUCUCUGUCACUUUAUUUCCUUUUAUAUUGCUAUAGUAUAUUUAAACAGUAAUGCUGUACUUUUAUAAGGGUUUAUCUAUUUACUAUUUCAAAUACAUUGCUCACUCUGAGACCAUUGGAGAUUUGUCAGAUUAUUCUGAGUAUUGAAAACAGUGCCUUUUUGAUGGAAUUCACACUGUUUUGGAUGUCAACUUGUGCCAUAAAUACACAAAAAUUUGUGGAAGGCAGUUUUAACCUUUUGAAGAAUAUCUUAGUCAAAAUGUAAGAAAAUGAAUAUAUAAAAUUCCUUUUUUUUUGAGCGUUAGCAUUUCUAAGUGAUCAGUGAAUAAUUUUGACAUACAGUGAUAAUGGCAUUAUUGAUGUGCCAUACUUGAGACUGGAGAUUAUUUUGAAUUAUGCUCCAUGUACAGAAAUAAAGUUAGUAUUUAUAUCAGAUUUUCCAAUUUGAACCAAUGGGGGAAACCCUCCACAGGAAAUCGGUAAGUUUACAUUUCAACUUCUAUCUUACCUAAGUGAAAAAGAGAUUCUUUAAAAUGUAUAACCUGCCACUAUUAUGUAAUUUGGUUUCAUUUUGUUCUGCCUAUCUUGUGAGUUUAAUAUAUUUACCCUCUGUUACUCUUAACAUACUUCUGUUUUUGUUAGUUUUUAACUGAAGAUGGACUGUUAAAAUUGUUUAGGACCAGUGUCUUAUGAUUAACAUAUGUAGACGAGCCACAAGAAACCCAUGACAAAAUGAAUGUGAAUAUACUUUCUAAAAUAUUUAGAAAAUUUUAUUUUUCCGUGUUUAUCAUGUAAAAUUGUUUUAGUAUUACAAUAUUGGAAAAUAUCAUUUAACAAAAAAUGCCAUGAGACAUUUGAACUGAUGAAUGAACCACAGAACUUUGGUUGAAAUUUUUUCACUUUUUAGCAUGCUAAAUAUACAUCUAAGUUUAAAUAUCCUGUUUAAUGAUCAUUUAUAAAUCCAAUCACUACCACUGGUCAGUUUUGUAUGAUAGAAUAAUAAAAGUAUGUUAUCUGCAGUGUAAGUAUAGCACACUGUCAAAUUCUUUU